AUGCAACUGACUGGCAGAAUCCAAUCCACCUCCGAUGGCCGCGAUAUCCUCAUCACAGCUGUCGAGUUCACAGCAUAUUUCCUGCAUCUGGGGAGCAAGCGGAGCAAAUCCAGCCUCUCCAGACUUGCGCCGGCCCUACUCAAUCUCUCAACCAUAUUCCAAGAAGCACGGUGCACGCUGCACCACAUCCAGCUGGUCUACACGCUCUUAAAAGCGCGCGAGGUUCUUCAGUCUUCGCGCAGGGAAAUCAUCAAUUGGAUCCUGGAGGUGCUCUAUUUGGGUCUCGAGGGUGGGGCGUUUCUAGCUCAGAAGAGGGUACUGCCUCGGGGGUUUAUCGAGCGAACUGGUGGACUUGACCGGUGGUAUUCGAUGAGCACGCAGGUGUGGAUUGUUCAGUUUGUCCUAGGGUUGGCUGGGCGUUGGAUCUGGAAGGAGGAGAAGCCUAGUAAUGCUGAAGAAGGGAAGGCGGAAUGA